GGACAUCGACAUAUAUCCAUGUUAAGACAGAAUCAACAUAAUUUUUCUCUCUGAAAAAUGGGAGAUAACAUUGGUCCUGGUGGCUCUGAAGAUGGCUACAUCAAGGAACAAGAGAGGCUGCUACCCAUAGCCAACGUGGGUCGGAUCAUGAAACAAAUCUUGCCUGCCAACGCCAAAAUCUCCAAAGAAGCCAAGGAAACAAUGCAAGAGUGUGUGUCUGAGUUCAUUAGCUUUGUCACCAGUGAAGCUUCUGAGAAGUGCAAGAAGGAGAGGAGGAAGACGGUGAACGGCGAUGAUGUUUGUUGGGCCUUGGGAACACUUGGAUUCGAUGACUAUGCUGGUCCACUCAAGAGGUACUUACAUAGAUAUAGAGAGCUAGAGGGAGAUAGAGCUAAUCAAGACAAGGUUAGCAAUGAAGAGAGGGAAGAGCCAUCCUCAUAUAGAGAUAACAACAACCAACCAUCAUCAAGGCCAUUCUAAUGCUUUUUGGAGAAGAGAUUUGAAGAAUAUUCUAGGGUUUUCUUCUGGUUUUUUUUUUUUUGGAUGAAUAUUUGCUAAGAGGUUUUUCUCGUUUUUAUCACAUGGGUUUUUGUUUUGGUAUUAUGAGCUUUCUGAUGAAGUUGAUCAACAAAUCAAUCUUAGGUUGUAUUUUUGCAAAUUUUGGUUGUGAAAAACUUGGUACUUUUUGGGUUGAUUUGAAAA